CUAACUGCAACCACAGAUAGCUGCGUUACAAAUCUCCUAUGAUGGCUCUGCACUUAACACGCGUGGCAUUCAUUGUUCUGUUAACCUUCCAUUCACUUCAACUGGUGACAUCACAGGAACAGACAUGUGGGCAGAACCAGAAUAUGUGUACAGACAGUAAGCUGUGCAUUCCCGCUAACUGGUUCUGUGACGGAGACAGGGACUGUUCCGACGGGAGCGACGAGAUGGGCUGUGCUACAGAGGAACACACAUGUAGCCAGAACGAGAAGAUAUGUACAGACAGUAAGCAAUGCAUUCCCGCCAACUGGUUCUGUGACGGGGAGAGGGACUGUUCCGACGGGAGCGACGAGAUGGGCUGUGGGCCCGUGACGUGCAGUGAGAGACAGAUGAUGUGCUCUGACAACAUGACGUGCAUCAGCGAGACGUGGCUUUGUGACGGACAGCAGGACUGUAGUGACGGAAGUGACGAGGAACAAUGUGACAAAUGCAGGGCCAAUCGGACAUAUUGUGCAGACGGUCAGGGCUGUGUUCUAAACAGGUGGCUCUGUGACGGCGACAGGGACUGCGUUGAUGGCAGCGACGAAGGCCCACAAUGUAGCAACGACACAAGUACAUGCCGGGGAAUGACAGCCAUGUGUGAAGACAGCAAACAGUGCAUCCCGACUGUCUGGCUUUGUGAUGGAGAGGAGGACUGCUUCGAUAGAAGUGAUGAGAGGAAUUGUGCAGCGCCAAAGUGCAGUGUCGAUGAGACGAUGUGCAAGAACAGCGACCAGUGCAUCCAGAAUCGCCAGCUGUGUGACGGAAAGCAGGACUGCCCGGAUUCAAGCGACGAGAACGGUUGCGGUGAUGAUGCUUCAGAAAAUGAUCGUGAAACAAAAUCCAUGUUCUCCAGGGAACAGCCAGAUGCCAUUCAAACACCAGGCACGACACGUCACAAAUCAGAACAUGUACCGUGUGUUGAAGAUAUCAUGUGUGAUCUGCAUUAUCUUCAUCAGCCUACUUUGUACCUUAUCUCCUAA